UCCUAGGGUCUGACUCCUUCAACGAGUAAAUAAAUGAAAUAAAAUAAGAAAAAACAAUUGUCCUUCUACACACUUAACCAUAUAAGCACAGCAAUACGAUCUUUCGUUCUCAGUUGUGCUACAAUGGACAACACAUAUCUUUCGACCACACUCCGACCAUGUUUGAAAUCUCUUUACUUCGUCUUCUUACUGCACCACUUGGCCAACACCGUAGACGGUGGUGACUCUCCAUCUCCUUAUAUACCAGUCGAUAAUAUUAUCCUUAACUGUGGCUCCUCUGACAAUUCGACUGCAUUAGAUGGUCGGACCUGGACUGGAGAUGUCAAUUCAAAAUUCUUCCCUCAAGACCUAGCACAAAACCAGGCCUCUCUAGCCAAAGACUCACUUAAGCAAUCCUCAUCUGCUUCCCAAGUACCCUAUACCACAGCCCGCUUGUCUGACUCCGCAUUCACCUACAUAUUCCCAGCCACUCCCGGCCAAAAAUUUGUUCGACUAUAUUUCUAUCCAGCUUCGUACGGCAAUUUCGACCGCUCUAAAGCCAUCUUCUCUGUCAAAACUGGACAUUUUACUCUUCUUAGCAACUUUAUCGCUUCAGUUACCGCUGACGCCGAUGGCGAUCCUGGUGAUACCAUAUUGAGAGAAUUCUGUGUCAACAUCGAGGAAGAUGAGAGGCUGAAUUUAACCUUCACUCCAAGCGAUUCCAAUUCGUUUGCUUUUGUCAACGGAAUUGAAAUCUUGUCCAUGCCUCCUUAUCUCUAUUACACUCCGUCUAACGAUGAAGGGUUCCCUUUCAUCGGCCAGCAGAACCAGUACCUCAUCGGUAACAGAACUGCUCUCGAGAUGGAAUACAGAAUAAAUGUUGGAGGGCAGUCCAUCACACCCAGUGAAGAUACAGGAAUGUUCCGGAGCUGGAGUCCGGACAACAUGUACUUGACAGAAGAUAGAAUUUCACCUCUACCUAUUAACACAACUAUUGAACUGCAGUUUACCAAAAUACCAGCUUACACUGCACCGCAAGAUGUCUAUCGGUCUGCCCGGACCAUGGGAAUGAACAAAACUAUCAAUAAGAGCUACAAUCUCACUUGGGAAUUUUCCGUAGAUUCUGGAUUUGUUUAUCUUGUUAGGUUACAUUUCUGCGAGUUUCAACCAGAGAUUAUUGCUAUGCACGACCGAGUGUUUCUUAUUUUCAUAGCAAAUCAAACUGCUGAGACAAAAGCCAACGUGAUGAAUUGGGCAGGUAGUAAUGGUGUUCCCGUAUACAAAGACUACGCUGUGUCAAUGUUUGGCAAAGAAAACCAGAAGAAAAUGAACCUUUCUAUCGCCCUAAAAGCAAACCCUGAUGACGACGCAACUUAUUUCAGUGAUGCAAUCUUGAACGGUCUCGAGGUCUUCAAAGUAAGCGACAGCAAUGGCAACCUCGCCGGACCCAACCCCGACCCACUUCCGCUGACCCCUCCAACGACUGUUCCGCAGAGACAAUCAACAAAGUCGAAGAAGAAUAACACAGUAACCAUAAUCGCCGUCGUUAGUGGCGGAGUUGCCGGUUUUAUUGUACUGUCAAUACUUGGCUUCUUGAUACUCCGGCGGGCCAAGAGAGCGAAGGACUCUAGCUCUAGCGAUGGGACUACUCGGUGGGGUCCAUUUUCUUUCACUACCACGACCAAGUCAACAAAAACACGCGCGUCAAGUCUACCAUCUGAUAUGUGCCGUUACUUUACACUGGCGGAGAUUAAAGCAGCCACUAAAGACUUCGAUAAUGCUUACAUUAUUGGUGUUGGUGGGUUCGGGGACGUGUACAAAGGCUACAUUGAUAAUGGGACCACUGCGGUUGCUAUCAAACGAUUAAAACCCGGUUCACAACAAGGGGCCCACGAGUUUGAGACUGAGAUCAGGAUGCUUUCACAGCUUCGUCAUCUUCAUCUCGUUUCUCUGAUUGGAUUUUGUAACGAGGGAAAGGAAAUGAUUCUUGUGUAUGAUUACAUGGCUCAUGGGACCCUUCGUGAUCAUCUUUACAACACCAAUAAUCCACCUCUUUCGUGGAAACAACGGCUCCAGAUUUGUAUUGGUGCAGCGCGUGGGUUGAACUACCUUCAUACAGGUGCGAAGCAAACUAUCAUUCAUCGUGAUGUGAAGACAACAAAUAUCUUGUUAGAUGAGAACUGGAUGGCCAAUGUGUCUGAUUUUGGGUUGUCUAAAUUUGGUCCCACUGGUAUAUCUAAGGCCCAUGUAAGCACAGUGGUGAAGGGUAGUUUUGGGUAUUUGGAUCCAGAAUACUAUCGACGCCAACAGCUAACUGAGAAGUCCGAUGUGUACUCAUUUGGUGUGGUGUUGUUUGAAGUGUUGUGUGCAAGGCCACCAAUUGUACGCACGGUGGACAAGAAGCAAGUGAGCUUAGCUGAGUGGGCUCGACAAUGUUGUCGCAAUGGAAAGCUUGAUCAUAUUGUUGAUCAAUUUUUGAAGGGUAAGAUUGCACCAGAAUGUUUGAAGAAAUUUGGUGAGAUUGCUGUGAGUUGUUUGCUUGACAAUGGAACUGAACGACCAUCGAUGAAUGAUGUGGUAUGGGGUCUUGAGUUCGCAUUACAGUUGCAAGAAUGUGCAGAAAAAGAUAGCAGGCUUGAUUUGGUUGAUAUUGAGAUGGAGGAUGAUCAGAAAGCUUUCAUGCCCAAGUCCACCAUGAUUGAUAGUGAUGAAAUGUUUAGUAGCAGCAUUGGGCAAGUGUCAAGUACAACUAGUGAUAGUAGCGUGAACGUAAUAAGUAGAGAAUUUGGAGGUUUUGCUUUUAAAGAGUCAGAUAGAUUAAUGUCCUCUGGGGCAGUGUUCUCUGAAAUUGUGAAUCCUAGAGGCCGAUAAGAGAAUAUAUGCUUCGGAGGUGACAUUGUAGUAUGUUUUAUUUAAGUCGUGUUGUGGAAUAGAACUUGGUUUGGUAGCAAGUACUUUUAUUUCAGUUAUGGGUGAAGAAGAUGUUGAAUUGAGUUGCCAAAUAGCUCUCAGUGUACAAUAGUUAAUCUCUCUCUUUUUCUUUUUCUCUUUUUAAUAUAAAAAAUGUGUGAUGGUUAAAGGAA